CCUCGUCCGCCCCACUGCUCCACUCCUCGUCGUCGUCCACCUCCAUCUCCUUCGACUCUCUUCUCCCAUGCGGGAUGACCCUGGUGUCGCCUCUUAUUCAUACGUCUUCAUCAUUGCUUGCUGCUCAGCGCCCUUCCCUGACCUCAAGCUGGCAGUCUGCCGCCGAGACUACUUCCUCCAUGCUCAUCGCACCGCCGUCACCCUCUCCACACAGUGGUCUUCCACCCUUCACCGAGCUCGUACCCCCAAACUACUUCAACUACCAGCUGAUGCCGGUACCAGCUCAAUAGCUGAUUUGCCUAUUCAUCGUGUAUGGUCCCAUCUUCAAGCAGGCUCCAUCACGCCAGAGGGAAUGAAUCGAUCGUAGGAUGGCAAUUCAACCACAUCGUCGUCCUCCUCGAGAAUGGUAGUCGGGCGUCUGAGGAUGAACUGCCGUACGUCGCAUGACAAGAGCUCGCACAGCGCUCACCUCACCGACGACAUGCACC